AGCGGGACUCCUGUCUGGUGGACAUGGCCGCUUCCCGGUUACACCCGGCGACGCUAACGCUAAAGCAGUUCAUGAGAAGACAACAAGUUCUCCUUCUCUAUAGAAGGAUUUUGCAAGCAAUUCGGCAAGUUCCAAAUGAUUCUGAUCGCACAUACCUGAAGGACUGGGCAAGGGAAGAAUUCAAAAGAAACAAAAGUGCCACUGAAGAGGAUACAAUAAGGAUGAUGAUUACUCAAGGCAAUAUGCAACUCAAGGAGUUAGAAAAAACACUCGCUUUAGCAAAAUCUUAACUAGAGCAUUGUUCUGAAGGAUUUUCAGUCUCCAUGUGUUUUGUUGAGUUUAGUCGAAGUAUUUGUAUGUACAGUACUUGGGCAGAAUAUCAGAAGAUGGAGCAUGGUAUAUCAGAGAGAGGAAAGAAAAGCAUAUCAAGAUAAUUGCGUUAGCUUUGGAAAACAUACCCUGAGUUUUGAAAAUGUUUUUGGAUGUAUCACAGUUUUUGUAAGAAGCAAAAACCACUCUAAUAAAUGGCCAGUUAGCCCAUGA